AUGGCUGAUAAUAAAGAAGACACAAAGGAAAAAAGAGAAGUAAAGCCAUUAAAUGAUGACAUUAAAAAAAAGAUCAAAAAGAAAACUUUAAAAGAAAAGCUGUGUUAUAUAAAAGAUAAUAUUACUGUGGAGCCAUUGUUAGCGGGCCUUAUAAUACCAAGUAUUAUAUCGAGAUUCGCAAUGAGCAAUUUCAACUUGGACAAAGCUUGUAGAGUCAAUCAACAGUUUGGCGAUGAAAUAUGUGAUGCUCUCAUUAAAAGAUCUACAAAUAACUAUUCUAGUUACGAAAAAGAAAUUCAAAAAUUAAUUUCGUCGAUAGAUAUUUGGAAAGGCGUUAUUCAUACGGCUCUACCUUGCAUUAUUAUUAUGUUUUUGGGUGCUUGGAGUGACAGAACUGGCAAGAGAAAAAUUUGUAUUUUAUUGCCAAUUUUUGGAGAAUUGGCAACUUCAGUAAGCAAUUUGAUCAAUGUUUAUUUUUUCUACGAAAUACCAAUCCAGGUUACAGUAUUUCUAGAGAUUAUUUUUCCGUCUAUAACUGGGGGUUGGGUGACUAUGUUCCUUGGAGUAUUUAGUUACAUCAGUGAUAUAACUUCUGAAGAGUCUCGGACAUUUAGAGUUGGUUUAGUGAAUUUUUGUAUGACUGCUGGUCUUCCUAUAGGUAUUGGAUUGAGUGGGAUCCUCUUACAGAAAAUUGGUUACUACGGAAUUUUUUCUAUGACGACCGUGCUGUUUGUUCUUAUUCUAAUGUAUGGAUGCUUCUGUUUAAAAGAAACUGAUGAAUUGCUUCGAGAGAAAGGUCUACCGGUGGUAGACCGCAAAGGGGAUCCCAGUGUAUCCUUCUUCAAUAUUUCACACGUGGUAGAUACUUUAAACGUUGCAACUCGGCGUCGACCAUCCAACAGACGUGUGAAAGUAAUUCUCACGCUUUUUAGUGUUUUCAUUUUAUACGGUCCUUCAAUGUCGGAACAUACGAUAUUUUAUUUGUUCGUAAGAAAUCGCUUGAACUGGGAUAUGGUGAAAUAUGGUCUCUUCACAAGCUAUUCUAUCGUACUUCAUUCCUUUGGAGCAAUGUUCUCGAUCGCGAUUCUGAGUAAACGUCUUCAAGUAGAUGACUCUUUCCUAUGUCUGUUGUCGAUCAGCAGCAAGUUUGUCGGUUCUAUUUGGACAGCUUUUGUUAAAACUGAUAUUGAGAUGUAUUUAGUUCCCGUGGCUGAAAUACUAAAUGCCACGACUAUUACGUCUCUGCGGUCGAUUAUUUCAAAACUAGUUGAAAAACAAGAAACUGCUAAAGUGAACUCAUUGUUUUCCCUAACGGAGACGCUUGCGUCUCUUGUGUUCCAUCCAUUCUACUCUUGGGUGUACAUGAAGACGCUUUAUACGCUUCCUGGGGCAGUAUUCCUCAUUAGUGCAGCUUUUAUUGUACCCGCUGUUUUUAUUCUCUUGUCCUUCUUUAUCCAGCACAGAAUAGAAUUGAAAAACGCUAGAAAAACCGCAUUAGAAGCUGAAGAAAAGAAGGAUAUAGAAACCGCAAGAUCAUCUAAAAGCAAUUACUUACCAGAAAGCAUAAAAAGAAUAGAUGAAGAUAUAAAGGGAAAACUUUCUUGA